UUGCCGUCAUCAGAUUAUAUGCCGACUCUGUAGUAACGAUUGAUAACAUAGAAAUGAAAACCGAUUACUACAAAAUUGGUCGUGAUUUGUCUACGAUAAGGCGAUUAAAUGGCAAGACACACGUGGAUUUGUCUUCUGGAGUGAAUAUAAUUUGGGACGGUGAUCACGUAGUGGAAGUUCGCGUGCCUGCUUUAUACAAGAGCCGCACAUGUGGCUUGUGUGGUAUUUAUGACGAUGAUAAUAGCAAUGAUCUUGAACUGCGCAAUGGCUCUGUCGUUUACGCUAGUGACUUGAUGUAUUCAGGAUCUCAAGUGUCAAUAGAAUCGUACCAUGAAUUUGGCACGAGUUGGGCUGUUACUGUUGGUGAGGCCCUUCUGACCUUGGAUUCAAACGGAACAUGUGUAGAAGAGCCACCCAAAGAUGAUCCUUGCUCUGGGAACCCAAUCCUGAAGGGAGAAGCAGAGACGUACUGCAAAUUUAUUAGUGACCGACAAGGCCCAUAUGCUAACUGUCAUGCCGUUAUUGAUCCUAAAGUUUACUAUCACUCUUGUGUGUAUGAUCAUUGCGCAUGCGAAGGAGACACGAAAUGUGCUUGUCAAGCUAUUGGAGCUUAUGAGUCGUUAUGCCGCCGUCGUGGUGUGCUUCGUGUUGGGUCUGUAAUUGACAAAUGCGGUGUUUGCUUUGGAGAUGGGACUAGUUGUUAUGAUAAACGAGACACAUGCAUUGCUUAUGGUGACCCCCAUUAUCGAACAUUUGAUGGCGUUCAUUACGACUUUCAAGGAAAAUGCGAAUACGUCCUUGUCAAGGACAAAAGCAACUCGUUUGUUGUUACAGGAAGGAACAUUGGGCAAACAGUAACUUACACUCGAGCUAUUGGGAUCAGCAUCCGUGGCGUUGCCAGAAUAAGGCUCGAUGAUCAGCUGAACGUUUGGGUCAAUGAUCGUGAGCUCACUACAUUUCCACACUACAUCAACAGCGAUGGAACAACAAUCAGCUUGUCGUCAGGUGGCGUGAAAGUUACGCUAGGAAACUCAGGAAUAGAAAUUGUUUGGCAGAAAAGAUGGUGGGUUCAUAUACACAGUCCCGUUGCUCUCAGAGAUAAGCUUGUUGGUCUCUGUGGACAAUACGAUGGAAGUGGUGUUGAUGAUUGGACUGGUCCAGAUGGAACUGUCUACACCACCGCUCAUGAUUUCGGACUGAGCUGGAACGUUUCCGGAACGGACCGACUUAUUCUUGAUCCAGACUUCAACUGCCUUGAUGCUCCGCAGCCACCAAGGGAUCCUUGUGAUGUUAAUCCUCAAGCAAACGCCGCUGCUUUACGAUACUGCAAGUAUGUCAUCGAUCCAACAGGCCCAUAUGCACCAUGCCAUAAAUCAGUUCCACCUAGAUCUCAAUAUGAGGCCUGUUUGUACGACGUUUGCUAUUGCCGAGGCGAUGCAGACUGUGCUUGCACUGUUGUUAAGGCUUAUGAGACACUUUGUGAGAACGCUGGAGUGAAUGGUCUCGGCUCAGUUGUGGACGAGUGCGGCAUAUGCUUUGGAUCCGGACCUCCAUGCAAAUAUGACACUGGCGGAUCAGGUGGCGGAGCUACCUGUACCGCGUCAGGUGACCCACAUUACAGGACAUUUGAUGGUCGUUGGCAUCAUUUCCAGGGUCUCUGUGAGUACAUUCUUGCAAGCGAUUGCGUUAAUCAAGACUUUGUCAUUCACCAGCGUAAUCGGCCUUGUGGCUCUAGGUCUUGCACUAGAUCCAUUGCAAUCCGCACUAUAUCUGGUGAUGUCAUACAACUUCUCCAAGGUGGUGUGGUUAAAGUUGGUGAUAAAACCGUUGCUUUAAGAUUUGAUGUAGGCAGCACCGCUAUAUUUCGAACGGGCGGAUAUGUUGUUGUUCAUUUGGCUGGUCGAAACGGAUCGAUUGUUAUUGUCAGAUUUGAUGGCAAUCACAUGGUAGAAGUAGUAGUACCAGAAACAUACCGUGGUCGGGUUUGUGGACUAUGUGGAACGUUUACCGGAAUAACCAAUGAUGACUUAGAGCUACCAGAUGGUAACCUAACCUCAAACGAGCACACUUUCGGUCUGGGAUGGGCAGUUACACCACAUAAUCGUCUUCUCAUUCCCAUUGCAGAUACUUCAUGUCGUGACCCAGCUAUGGCAUCAGGUCACCCUUGUGACGGCAAACCGCGUAUUAAACAGAAAGCUGAAGAGUACUGCAGUUUGAUAUCGGAUGCUCAGGGACCGUACCGUGCCUGCCAUCAAAACAUCGACCCACAGGAGCAUUACGACUCUUGUGUUUACGACGUAUGUGAAUGUAAUGCAGACAUUGCAUGCGCUUGCGAUCUCGUAAAAGCCUAUGAGCAUCAAUGUAUACGGCAAGGCCUCGCGAAUAAAAUCGGUUCUGUUGUAGAUGAUUGCGGAAAAUGUUUUGGAAAUGGAAGAGAUUGCAUUCCACCGACUAAGUUUGCACAAGUGUUUGGAGAUCACUACGUAACAUUUGACGGUUUUGGUUAUCAUUUCCAAGGAAACUGCGAGUACACUUUAGCAAAGGACAAUCUCAAAUCAGAAUUUGUCGUCCAAUUGCAGAAUGAAUAUUAUGGCAAUAACUCUUUGACUUCCAACAAGGCUCUAGCCAUACGUGUCGUUAAUGGUCCAGUUAUCACUAUUACUAAAGAGUUACUCGUGUUUGCCAACAAUAUCCAGCUUGCAGAUUUUCCAUACAAAUCUCCUUCAGGAAAUGUUGUUGUUCGUCGCGUGGGAAAAAGUGUGACAGUGCAUUUGGUCAGCUUGAAAAUUACUAUAGUGUUUCAUGACAACAAUUUGGUUGAAGUUGGCAUUCCCGUUGCGUAUCGCAAUCCCAUUGCUGGUCUGUUUGGAAAUUGCGAUGGCAAUUCAACCAACGAUUUAACAUCCAGUAACGAUACGACUUGGAAAUCGUUGAGUAAUUCGAGUUCGGAAGCUAGUUUUCUUGCAUCUCAUGAAUUUGGAAAGAGCUGGGCAGUAGAGGGUGUUGAUCGACGUCUUCUUCCCGCAAAUAAGAGCUGCGUCCAGCAUCUAACGUUAUUGCCUCAUCCGUGUGAUGGUAAACAGCAGAUUCAAGCAGAAGGCCGGAAAUAUUGUGAUGUUAUCAAUAGCGUCCGUGGUCCUUAUCACAACUGCCACAGUGUGUUAGAUCCGACGUUUUAUUAUGAAAGCUGCGUAAAUGACAUUUGCUUUACUGAUGGCGAAUAUGAUGGUGGGUGUACCGUGGCGAGGGCAUACGAAGCUGCUUGUCGACGAUUAGGGGUCAAGGGAUUAGGAUCUGUACUGGACGAAUGUGGAGUCUGCUUUGGGGAUGGAACCAAAUGCAACUUCGAUACUGCUGCUACAUGUCAAGUUCAAGGAGAUCCACAUUUUACUACGUUCGACCAAGCCGGUCAUCAUUUCCAGGGUAAAUGUGAGUAUGUGCUCGCCAAGGACUGCAUUGGCGACGAGUGGCAAAUACAUGCUCACAGUGCUGUAUGUAAUGGCCCGUAUACUUGCACCAAAUCGGUGGCAAUUCGAGCCGCUAGAGCUGGAGUCAUCAAGCUUUACCGUGGUCCAAAGGUUUAUGUAAACAAUAUUGCUGUGACGUCAUUUCCGUUCUGGUUGGCAGGAGAUGGGACGACAAUUAGGAAACGUUUCAAUAAAAUCGAAGUUGUAUUAGCAAGUGCUAGGGUUUGUGUUACAUGGGAUGGCUCGUAUGGAGUCGAUAUUUCUGUACCUCUGGAUGCCAAGAACAAAACAUGCGGACUGUGCGGCUCAUUUAACGAUGUAUGGACGGACGAUUUGAAGACCUUGAAUGGUACAAUACUUUUGGCUAGCCACAGAUAUGGGUCACGUUCCACUCAGUCCUUAUAUGCUUAUCACGAAUUUGGUCGAAGUUGGGCGGUCACAGGAAUUGACCGAUUGUUGCUGUCAGUAAACGAUCCAUGCGUCGAUCCUGCCAUACCCGAACCUCAUCCUUGUGAUUCUGCUGCUGGUGCGCGUAAGAGAGCUCAAGUUCAACAAUAUUGCUCUGUUAUUUCUAAUCGCCAAGGUCCUUACGGUGGAUGCCAUGACAAAGUCAAUCCAACCGAGCACUACGAGUCUUGUUUAUUUGAUGCGUGUGCAUGUGAGGCCGCUUCUCCUUUGACGUGUGCUUGUGAUUCCGUUCACGCUUAUGAGAGCUUAUGUGAGAAGAAGGGUGUAAGAAGACUUGGCACUGUAUUAGAUGAGUGCGGCGUAUGUUUCGGAGAUGGUUCUACUUGCAUUAACGCUGGAGCAACGUGUCAAGCAUCGGGGGAUCCGCACUACAGGACGUUUGAUAACGUUGUACAUCACUUUCAAGGACGCUGUGAAUACGUUCUGUCUCGAGAUUGUGCUAAUAACGAGUGGCAGAUUCAAGUGCAGAACGAAAACAGAUACAACAACAGGGCGGUCAGUUGGACGAAAGCGGUUGCUAUUCAGCUGGCCAACACAGGCGUUAUACGCUUGCUUGCAAAUCGUAUUGUGGAAAUAAACACCGUCAGAAUCAAUCACUUUCCGUAUCGCGUUCCGAGUGGCGGUGCAUUCAUUCGCCAGGAAGUGAACAAGGUUCGUGUUUACUUAGCUGAAUCGGGUGUGUCUGUUUCGUGGGAUGGAAAUCACUUUGUUUCUGUUACUGUGCCGUCUUCUGCUAAUGGCACUGUAUGCGGUUUGUGUGGUCAAUACAAUACCGAUCAAAGUGAUGACCUGGAACAGAAGAAUGGUACCAUACUCAUUCCAAGCUCAGUUUUGGGGUCCGGCUCAGUCCAGUCUCGAUAUGCCUAUCACACGUUUGGUGUCAGUUGGUCCGUUCCGACCACAAAGCGACUUUUGUUACCCACUGAUGCGACCUGCGAAGAUGAUUAUCUUCCUCCUCCUCAUCCGUGUGAUGACAAUCCGUUUAUCAAAGUCCGUGCAGAAGAAUAUUGCAGCUUUAUUAUUAAUCGCAACGGACCAUAUGCUGCUUGUCAUGGUGUCAUUGAUCCACAGAGUGAUUACGAUUCUUGCCUCUUUGACACUUGCGCUUGUGGUGGAGAUACCUCUUGUGCGUGUGACUCUGUCCAAGCUUAUGAGACAGUAUGCCGGCGUAACAAAGUGGCCAAUCUAGGUUCGGUAGUUGACGAGUGUGGCUUGUGCUUUGGAGACGGCACGACGUGCUUUCCCAGUGGAGCGACUUGCUCCGCGAAAGGAGAUCCUCACUAUACAACGUUUGACGGUUUAGCUUACGAUUUUCAAGGCAAGUGCGAGUACGUUUUAGCUAAAGAUGUAGAGGGUGACUUCGAAAUUCGAGUUCAAAACGAGCCAUGCGGAUCAACUGUCACGUGCACGAAAGCGGUAGCUAUUAAGAUUCCCGGUGGUGCUUCUGUUCGUUUAUUUCGUCAACUGGUAGUGGAAGUAGGUGGUAUUGUAAUAAAGAGGUUUGGUAUAACUGAUUCGUCGCGUACGGUUCGAAUCUUUAGAAAAGGUGGGAUGGUUUACGUUCGGUUGUUAGGACCCGAUGUCCUCAUCAAAUGGAACGGCAAUACCGUUGUGGAAGUGACGGUGCCAGAAACUUACAUGAAACGUAUGCGUGGUUUAUGUGGUGACUACACUGGCGAUACUGCCGAUGACUUUUUGACAAGUGCUGACGUCGUUGAGUCUAGAACGUCGGCGGGAAUCUUCAAUUUUGGAGUCAGUUGGGCUGUUGAAGGUGAGGAUCGAUGUAUUCUCUCACCGGGUACGGUGUGCAAUGACGUGAUAACACCACCAUUUCAUCCUUGCGACGAAAAGCCAACUGUUAGAGCCAAAGCAGAAAAAUAUUGCGGAUUCAUCACAAAUGUGCAAGGCCCGUAUGCAAACUGCCAUGCAGUUCGUGAUCCGUCUGACUACUACAAAGACUGUGUAUACGACACUUGUGCCAAUGAUGGCAACACUAGCAUAGCGUGUGAAUCGGCCCAAGCGUACGAGAGUAUUUGCCGAACGCAAGACAAAGUAACUGAGAUUGGGACAGUUAUAGACGAGUGUGGAGUAUGCUUUGGGGAUGGAUCCUCGUGUGUAGAUGUCGGAGCGACAUGUCAAGCCUCGGGCGACCCACAUUACGUGACGUUCGACGGAGCCGGUCAUCACUUUCAAGGAAAGUGUGAGUACAUCUUGGUGAAAGAUUGCUCUGGUGCUAACCAGUUUCAAGUCAACGUUCGUAACGUUGGAAACACUGUUACCGUGACAAGAGCUGUAGCUAUUCGCAUUGCCAACGUUGGCGUUAUUGUCAUGAGGCAAGGACAACCAACGACAGUCAACGGGUUGAAUAUUGCCGGAUAUCCAUACAACGUUCCUGCUGACGGAUCACGUAUCACAAAAGUAGAUGGUAAAAUACGCGUCCACCUCGCGAAUUCUGGAGUGAACGUUUACUGGGAUGGUUCCCACUUUGUCCAAGUGACGGUACCGACUCAGUACUUUAACAGUACGUGUGGACUAUGUGGUCAAUACAAUGGUGAUAGUAGCGACGACUUGGAAGCAAAGGAUGGUACCGUGUAUUAUCCCAGUCAUCGCACUUAUUCGUCGUCACAAAACUCAAGGCAUGCUUACCACGCUUUUGGUAUUAGUUGGGCUGUCAGUGGUGCGGACCGCAUUCUUCUUGAUGAAUCUGACUCUUGCAAGGAUUCCACGGUUGAGCCUCCGGAUCCAUGUUCUGGCAAAGCGGCCGUGAAGGCAGCUGCAGAAAAGUACUGCAACUGGAUUAGAGAUCCUAACGGUCCUUACAUUGAUUGUCACGCGACUCGUGAUCCAGAGGAAGCGUUCAAGUCGUGUGUAUUCGAUGUGUGUGGAAACAACGGAGACACGAGUGUGGCGUGCGAUGUCGUCCAAGGUUACGAGACGCUAUGCAAGCGACGCGGCAUAACUACCAUAGGAUCCGUGGUUGAUCGAUGUGGAAUUUGUUUCGGAGAUGGCAGCACGUGCAAAGCAGGUGCGACAUGUCAAGCUUCCGGUGAUCCUCAUUACGUAACAUUCGAUGGACUCGGUCAUCAUUUUCAAGGUAAAUGCGAAUACGUUCUUGCACAGGAUUGUCGAAGAAAGACAUUUUCUGUUCACGUCCAAAACAAUCAGCGAGGUAGAACGGACGUCAGCUGGACCAAAGCGGUAGCAGUUUGGAUCAAGAACGUCGGUGUUAUUCGCUUACUUCCCAACAAGGUAGUCACCGUCAACUCUCGUGUUGUUGAGACAUUUCCACAUCGACUACCAGGAGAUGGCACCGUCAUCAGGCGAGACACUCAAUUCGCGGAGGUGGAUAUUGUGGCUCUCGACGUCUUGGUGAAAUUCGAUGGCACUCAUCUAGUUGAAGUGACGGUUUCGGAUGCUUACAAGUACUGGACGUGUGGUUUGUGCGGUAUUUACGACGAUACUUCUGCCAACGAUCUUUCGCUCAAGGAUGGUGGAAAUGUGACCGCCAGUCACGACAAAUAUUCGGGAUCUCUGGCAUCGAGGACUGCUUAUCACAAUUUUGGUGUUAGUUGGGCAGUACUUGGCACUGAUCGUCUACUGCUCGGUGCCAAUGAUACUUGCGUUGAUUCAAACACUCCGCCGGCGGACCCUUGUGAAGGCAGGAAUGAAAUAGCGGCCGAUGCUCGUCGAUAUUGUGGAAUUAUUGCUGAUCCCCAAGGACCGUAUGCCCUCUGCCAUUCAGUCGUAGACCCAAGGUUACAUGUUGACUCAUGUGUCUUUGACGUAUGCGCUUGUACUGGAGAUACAAGCUGUGGCUGUGAUGCAGUCAAGGCUUAUGAAGCGACCUGUCGCCGUUCCGGUGUGGAAAAAUUGGGAACAGUUGUUGAUCAGUGCGGAAUCUGCUUUGGCGAUGGCAGCUCUUGCUCUAAACCACCAGCAUCAUGCCAAGCAUCCGGUGACCCUCAUUACACGACGUUUGAUGGAGCUGGACAUCAUUUUCAAGGCAAAUGUGAAUAUAUUCUUGCUCGGGACUGCGCUCACAACGAUUUCGAAGUACACGUACGAAACGAGCAUCGACACGGAAAUAACCACGUUACUUAUACACGUUCUGUUGCCAUCAAAGUACGAGGUGUAGCUGUUAUUAAACUUUUGCCUUCUAGAAAGACUCUAGUGAACAAUUUUGAAGUUACGCGUUACCCUCAUGUUAUUGGAGUCGACGGUUCUCUUAUACAAGUACAAGGUGGUUUGGUAAAAGUAAUUUUGGCGAGUUCUGGAGUUGAAAUCUAUUGGAACGGUAAUGACUUUGUCAAGGUCACAGUUCCCGGAGAAUAUAGGGACCGUGUUUGCGGGUUGUGCGGAACGUUUGACGGCAAUGCACAGAAUGACUUUGAACUGCGAAAUGGUACUGUACUGAGUGCAAGUCAUCUGACAUACUCGAAAUCUGAUCAGUCAGUAAGAGCAUAUCAUGAUUUUGGUCGUGAUUGGGCCGUUAUUGCCUCUGAGAGGUUGCUCGUGGAUCGCAAUGUCGUGUGCGUUGAUUCUCCUAUUCCACCUCCUCAUCCUUGCGACGCACGUGCUGGACUGCGACAACAAGCAGAACAAAGAUGUCGGGUUAUUCAAGACAAACAAGGCCCGUACGCUCCGUGUCACGCUACUGUGGAUCCGAACAUGCAGUACGAAUCUUGUGUAUUUGAUACAUGCGCUUGCGGUGGCGGAUCGUCGUGCGCUUGCGAGGCCGUUUACGCUUACGAGGACGCUUGUCGUGAAAAUGGAGUAACCGACUUGGGUUCUGUGAUCGACGAAUGUGGUGUCUGUUUUGGAGACGGGAGUACGUGUCCACCUCGCGGUUCGAUGUGCCAAGCGUCAGGUGAUCCACACUACGACACUUUGGAUGGCGCUGGCCAUCAUUUUCAAGGGCAAUGUGAGUACGUGUUGGUGAAAGAUUGCGUUAACAACGACUUUGCUGUCCACGUAAGAAACGAGCACCGUGGAUCACAAUCUGUAACAUGGACCAAGUCUGUAGCUGUUCGCGUAACAGGAGGUCCUGUAAUCAAACUCCUUAGAAACUCGGUUGUUCAAGUCAGCGGGGUUUUAGUGACCUCUUUUCCUAGAACUCUAUCUCCAGACGGAACCGUGCUGCGUAAAGUUGGUCGCGUUGUGAAAGUUCGGCUCGGAAGUUCAGGCGUUCAGGUGACGUGGGACGGAGACUCUAUAGUUGAAGUGACUGUUCCUCCGGAGUAUAAGAACAAGACGUGUGGACUUUGCGGACAAUAUGACGACUUGUGGAGAAAUGAUUUGCAGCUUGCAAAUGGUACUGUUGUCUAUCCGAGCCAUAGGUACGCAUCUUCAUCGCAAGUCUCGAUUCGGGCUUAUCACGUAUUCGGCGUUAGCUGGGCUGUAAAGAACACCAGUAGACUUCUUCUCCUUCCUAAUGACGCUUGCAUUGAUCGCACCAUUCCUCCUGUUCAUCCGUGUGACUCAAAGUCGAACGCUGUACGAGAUGCUGCUCGAAAAUAUUGUAAUGUAAUUCAAGACCCUCAAGGGCCCUACAGUGCCUGCCAUGACUCUAUCGAUCCAACUCAGGCUUAUGAAUCUUGCGUUUUUGACACAUGCGGGUGCAACGGCGAUACAGCGUGCGCUUGCAGGUCUGUAAGAGCUUAUGAGUCGCGUUGCAGAAAUCUCAAAGUAAGCGGGUUGGGAACCGUUGUGGACGAAUGCGGUGUGUGUUUUGGAAACGGGCUCAGUUGUGUGUCCGUCGGUUGUGCGGCGCAGGCGUCUGGAGAUCCACACUACUUGACAUGUGAUCGCUCGGGUCAUCAUUUUCAAGGAAAGUGCGAAUAUAUCUUUAUGAAGGACAUCGUAAACGGAGACUUUCAGGUUCACGUUCGCAACGAACACCGUGGAAAUCCUAGGGUUACGUAUGUGCGCGAUGUAGCGGUAAAGUCACGUGGCGGAGCCGUCAUUCAUAUUCUUAAGGGCCAAAUUGUGAAAGUUAAUGGUGAGACCAUAACGUCGUUUCCUCAUUAUGUGGCAGUUGACGGUACUUGGAUACGCCGUGUGCAAGGCAAAAUACGCGUGUUUCUGGCCAAUUCGGGCGUUGUCGUAAAGUUUGACGGAAAUCACUUUAUAGAAGUGACUGUUCCUGACGAUUACAAAGAAAAAUUGGGAGGAUUAGCUGGUAACUUUAAUGGAGAUUUCUCAGACGACCUGGAAGGAAGCGAUGGCACAAUUUACCAUCCGUCUCAUCGAUAUUAUUCGAGCUCGUUGCAGACUAGGAGAGCGUACAACUGGUUUGGUAUUAGUUGGGCUGUGAACGGAACAGAUCGUUUGAUAUUGAGCGCCAACGAUCCUUGCGUUGAUCCCAUUGAACCACCACCUCACCCCUGCGAUCCGGAUCCAGCACUGAGAAGGAAAGCAGAGAACUAUUGUCGUUUCAUUAUAAACCGUCAAGGUGCUUACGGACCUUGCCACGACGCCGUUCCUCCCGACCUGUAUUUCGAGUCGUGUGUGUUCGACAGCUGUGCGUGUCCUAAUAAUAUCGAAGAGUGCGCAUGCGCGUCUGUUCAAGCUUACGAGGCCAUCUGUGCGCGCAGCAAUGUGACCGGUCUUGGUUCGGUUAUUGACGAAUGCGAUGUUUGUUUCGGAGACGGAACUUCAUGCGAACCAAACAGCGCAACGUGUCAAGCGUCGGGAGAUCCCCAUUAUACAACCUUUGAUAACGCCGGCCAUCACUUUCAAGGUCGCUGCGAGUAUAUCUUAGCAAAGGACUGUGGCAACGACAGUAAGUGGGAGAUUCAUGUCCGCAACGAACAUCGCGGCAGCAGAGCUGUUACGUAUACCAGAUCAGUGGCCGUGCGCAUUCAGGGCGUCGGUGUUAUCAAACUAUUAAAGAGUCAGGCCGUCGAAGUCAACGGAUUUCCUGUAACGAAAUUCCCGUAUAUCGUACCAGGUGAUAAUUCUGUCAUCCGUAAACAGUUUGGCCAAGUGAAAGUAUUUCUUGCUGAUGCAAACGUCGUGGUGCGAUUCGAUGGCAACCAUCUAGUUCAAGUGUCUGUUCCUCCAGAAUAUUUCGAUCGUCUUUGUGGACUCUGUGGUACUUACAAUGGCGAUUUUGCAGACGAUUUGCAAUUGCGCAAUGGCAGCGUAGUCCAGCCCAGUCAUCGCUUUAAUUCUAAAUCGACUCAGUCUGUUUGGGCAUACCAUACUUUCGGUGUGAGUUGGACCGUUCCCAGCGGUCAGCGUAUUCUCAUCCCAACUACCGAUACGUGCGUCGAUGAUGUUGUUCCGCCUCCUCAUCCUUGUGAUGGAAAUCCCAACCUGCGAACUAAAGCAGAGCAGCGAUGCCGCGUUAUUACUAACGCUCACGGUCCAUACCGCGAGUGUCACGGCGUCACGGACGAAUCCAAUGGGUAUGAAUCGUGUGUCUUCGACACUUGCGCCUGCGGCGAUCGGCCCGAAUGCUAUUGCGGUGCCGUGCUGGCGUACGAAGAAAUGUGUAAGCGUCGUGGCGUUUCUAACAUUGGAACAGUCAUUGACGAGUGUGGCGUUUGCUUUGGAGACGGAUCGUUUUGCACACCCGGUGUAUUUUGUCAAGCAUCCGGUGAUCCUCACUACAGAACGUUUGACGGUCUCGGUCAUCAUUUCCAAGGUCGCUGUGAGUACGUUCUUGCGAGGGACUGCGGAGGCACCGACUUCAGUGUGCACGUGAGAAACGAGCCGGUAUCUCCUACAAGCGACGUGACAGUGACAAGAAGCGUGGCCAUUAAGGUUCGCGGCGCCGGCGUUAUUCAACUACUUCGGAACAACGUCGUCGUAGUGAAUGGAAAAACAGUGACCAACUAUCCAUAUUUCGUUGGCGCACACGCUAUUAUCAGUCGCCUUCCGCCACGCUGGAUUCUAGUGCGUCUGUCCGAGUCUAGAGUGCAAGUACGGUUUGACGGAUCAAACACAGUGCAAGUCGCGGUACCAGAAGACUAUUUCAACAAUACGUGUGGUCUUUGUGGUUUCUACAAUGGCGAAGCAUCUGACGACAUGAAAACGGCGAAUGGCAUCGUACUUGUUGCGAGUAACCCUCAUCAUUCGAGAUCGUCUGCAUCGGUCUAUGCUUACCAUGCACUUGGUAUUAGUUGGACAGUUAUUGGUUCUGAUCGCUUGCUGCUAGAUGAAAAUGAUUCAUGCACUGACCCUGUUGUUCCUCCUCCACAUCCUUGUGAUGGGCGAGCUCAAGUUCGAGCAAACGCAGAGAGAUAUUGCGAGUUUAUUACGAAUGCACGAGGACCUUACGGGAAGUGUCACGGUGUGAUAGAUCCUACUAAUCACUACGAAUCGUGUGUGUUUGAUACUUGCGCUUGCGGCGGAGACACAAAAUGUGCGUGCGACUCGGUUGCAGCUUACGAGACACUAUGUGUCAACUCUAACGUGAGCAACCUGGGCUCGGUGGUCGAUGAAUGUGGAGUCUGCUUUGGGGAUGGUACAACGUGCACUAAUCCUGGAGCUACAUGUCAGGUCGUUGGGGGUCCUCAUUACACCACGUUUGACAACGCAGGUCAUCAUUUUGAAGGAUACUGCGAAUACAUUCUAGCGCAAAGUAGCGACUUUUCAGUACACAUUGAAAAUGGUCCAUGUUGUCAGAAAACAGACGCGACUGUAAGGAACUGUGCCAUUAGCAUUAGGAAAGUUGGUGUCGUGCAGCUGAAUGAAGAUCAAAGUGUACUUGUGAACGGAAUCAAAGUCGAUAACUUUCCGUAUACCAUCGCGGCAGACGGCAGUCGCAUUUCCAUUCUAAACGGUCGAGUUCGAGUGUGGCUUGCCAAUUCUGAGGUGAUCCUCUUGUGGGACGGAAAGAAUGCCUUCCUUCAAGUGGACGUCCCCACUACAUAUAAGAACAGCACCGUCGGUUUGUGCGGUAACUACAACGGCGACCCUAACGACGAUCUGACGUUGAGAAAUGGAUCGGUAGUUUUCGCAAGUGACUUGCGUGCGUCUCAAUCACAGCUGUCUAGGUGGGCCUACUAUGACUUUGGAACGAGCUGGUCCGUCAACGGUACCGAACGGUUACUGCUAGACGCGCUUUCUAUAUGUGAUGAUCCUGAACCCACUGAUCCGCAUCCUUGUGUGGCAAACGCCGCUGCUAAGCCGGAAGCGGAAAAGUAUUGUCGCUUUAUUACUGACACACGUGGACCGUUCGGUGCCUGUCAUGCUACCGUCAAUCCACAGAUUUACUAUGAAGCCUGUCUGUCUGAGACAUGCCGCUGUAGAGGGGAUACGGCGUGUGCGUGUAAGGCAAUCACGUCAUACGAAACAGUGUGCCGUACGAAGAGGGUACAGCAACUAGGUACGGUUGUCGACGAAUGCGGUAUUUGUUUCGGUGACGGUUCCACGUGCCUCCAAGCUGGUGCCACCUGCCAAGCUUCCGGUGAUCCUCAUUACGUCACAUUUGACGGUCUCGGCCAUCAUUUCCAAGGACACUGCGAGUAUAUAUUAGCGCAAGACUGCAAAGCCAAUGACUUUAAGAUACAUGUGAGGAAUAUUGGUAAUACGGUGACAGUGACGAGAGCCGUGGCCAUUGAUAUCCGCGGUGUUGGCCAUUUGAGCUUGCUUCAAGGUCUGGUGGUGGAAAUGAACGGCAUUAGAGUUGACAACUUUCCCUACGUCGUGCCUGGCGAUGGCUCUAGAGUGACUAAAAUUCCAGGAAGAGUGAGAGUAUACCUCGCAUCGUCGGGUGUUGUUGUAUUAUGGGAUGGGUCACAUAUGGUUCAGGUGACUGUACCGAAUACAUACAGUAACAGAACUUGCGGUCUUUGUGGACAGUUUAACGGAAUCUCAUCGGAUGACUUGGAAACACGCAACGGCACCGUCUAUACUCCUAGUCACCCCAGUUAUUCGUCUUCUGAUCGCUCUACCAAAGCGUACCACGCUUUUGGCGUCAGCUGGGCCGUACCAAAGUCCGACUGGCUGAUCAUCGACUCCACAGUCACGUGCGUUGAUCCUGUUCUGCCUCCUCCUCAUCCAUGUGACGACAAAGCAGCUAUCAGGCAGAAUGCGGAGAAAUACUGCAAAAUCAUUACGGACAUCCAAGGCCCUUACGGCAAUUGCCAUGCCGCGAUACCGCCUGAAAAUCAUUACGAAUCGUGCGUGUUUGAUACUUGCCAGUGCGAUGGUUGUGAGGAGAAUGCUUGCGACUCUGUUCGUUCGUACGAGCUCUUGUGUCAAGCUCGUGGUGUCACAGAUAUCGGAUCGGUUCUCGACGAGUGUGAUGUCUGUUUUGGCGACGGCAGUCGGUGUCAGAACAUCGGUGCUACGUGCGUGGCGUCUGGAGAUCCACAUUACAAUACUUUCGACGGCGCCGGUCAUCAUUUCCAGGGUAAGUGUGAGUACAUAUUGGCUGAAGAUUGCUCUGCAAACAAAGCGUUUUCUGUACACGUUCGCAACGAACACCGUGGAAAUACGGCGGUCACGUGGACGAAAUCGGUCGCCGUUGUAGCUCCUGGACUCGGUUCUCUCCUGCUACUGUGGAAUGGUGUCGUUAUUCACAAUAACAUCGAAGUAACGACAUUUCCCAGAACGACGCCCGAUGGUACGCGAAUUUCUAAGAAACCGGGAAGCACGCGAGUCCGCCUGCCAGGGUCGGACGUCAUUGUCACGUGGGACGGUAAUCACAUGGUACAAGUGUCCGUACCUACAGCAUUCGAUGGUAAAACGUGUGGCUUGUGCGGACUCUUCGACGACGACUACACGAACGAUCUUAAACUACGAAACGGAAGUGUGGUACAUCCGAGUCAUAAGACCUACUCGAGUUCUAGACAGAGCGUCUAUGCUUAUCACAUAUUUGGAGUAAGCUGGGCUGUUUCUGCUAAUCAGUCGCUCCUAUUGGCCGACGGAGAAGUUUGCGUCGACGGCACUAUAGCACCUCCUCACCCUUGUGACGGAAAGACGCAGAUACGAGCUAAAGCUGAGAAGUACUGCGACUUUGUACGUAACGCUCAAGGUCCUUAUGCUGGAUGCCAUACUGCUAUCGAUCCUUUGGAGGGUUUCGAGGCUUGCGUGUUUGACGUCUGUUCGUGCGGUGGAACGGAAAGCUGCGCCUGCGGUGCCGUCCGCGCGUACGAAACGCGCUGCCGUACCCAAGGGGUAAAAGAUCUCGGCUCUGUUGUGGACGAGUGCGGAAUUUGCUUUGGAGACGGUUCGUCGUGCGAGGGAGGUGUGUCGUGCCAAGCUUCCGGCGACCCACACUAUUCCACUUUCGAUGGUGCCGGUCAUCAUUUCCAGGGUCGAUGCGAGUACACGCUGGUUUCCGACUGCGUUUCGGGCGACUUUUCAAUCCACGUUCAGAACGAACAUCGAGGUAGCUCACUUGUCACGUGGACGCGAUCGGUUGGUAUUCGCGUGAAAGGCGGGAGUGUUAUACAGCUAUUGCAGAAUAGGAAAACAUACGUCAGCGGUCGUGAAGUGACCCGUUUCCCUCACACCGUGGGCGUGGACGGAACCCGCAUCAGUCGACAAGGAAACAAGGUCCGCGUUUGGCUGGCCAAUUCUGCUGUUGUCGUGCGUUGGGAUGGAUACCAUCUGGUAGAAGUGAUAGUGCCCGAUACGUACAAAAGCAAGACAUGCGGACUGUGCGGAACGUACGACGGCGACUAUACGAAUGACCUUGAAGGACCAGACGGAACAGUAUACACUCCUAGUCACCGCACGUAUUCUCGUUCUACCCAGUCUUUGUCUGCAUAUCAUGCUUUCGGAAAGAGUUGGACCGUUCUCGGUAAUAAACGCCUACUAUUACAAAGCAAUGAUACAUGCACCGAUUCUGUCACCCAUCCACAGGAUCCUUGCACAGUUCAUCCUCAUGUGCGAGCAAAUUCCCAACAAUAUUGUCAAUUUAUUCUUGAGACUCAGGGUUUGUAUGCAGCUUGCAAAGCCCCAACAAAUAGCACACUACCAGCUCUAGAUUCCAACUUCUACUACGAGAACUGUUUAUUCGAUACGUGUGCGGCUGGUGGAGACAAAAGCGUCGCAUGCAACUCGGUCAAAGCAUACGAGAGCGAGUGUCGGCGUCGCGGUGCGGACAUCGGCUCCGUCGUCGACCGAUGCGGCGUUUGCUUCGGAGACGGCACCACUUGCGCCGCCUCUCGAGCGACGUGCACGGCAAGCGGUGAUCCUCAUUAUUCGACAUUCGACGGGGCGGGUCAUCAUUUCCAAGGAGCAUGCGAGUACAUCCUGGCAAAAGAUUGCACAAACGAGGACUUUUCUGUUCACGUGAGAAACGAGCAUCGUCAUGGCAACAACAGAGUGACAUAUACCAAAUCGGUUGCUGUACGUAUUAGAGGACUCGGUGUCGUUAAGAUACUUAGUGGCAGAGUAGUUACAGUUAACGGUCAGACUGUCACACAUUCGAGAACGUUGACGGACGGCAGUCAGUUGGAUAUAUCUCACAAUGCAGUGACACUAACGCUCACGACGGACGUCGUGAUUAAGUUUGACGGAUCGCACUUUGCACAAGUGUCGGUGCCAGGUGACUAUUUGAACAAAAUGUGCGGUCUCUGCGGGAGCUACGAUAAUCAAUGGAUGAACGACCUGACCCUGAGCGAUGGACGUGUGAUGAUGGCGAGCGCUCGUAAAUACUCUUCUUCUGCUCAGUCGGUGAAAGCGUACCACGAUUUUGGUGUAAGUUACAAGGUCACUGGUGCUUCUCGUCUUUUGCUGGGCGUAAAUGAAACAUGCCAAGACUCGUCGACACCUCCUCAACAUCCUUGCGACGGUACUAACCACAGAUCGAGUGCUGAGCAGUUUUGUCAGGUAGUUAAGGACCCGAACGGCCCUUACGGUAGCUGUAAGAACGUCGUUGACUUGACGGAGGCGUUCGAGUCUUGUGUCUUUGACGUUUGCGCAUGCGCCGGUAACAGUUCAUGUGGUUGCAACAUAGUAAAGGUAUUUGAGAGUGAAUGCCGUCGUUUGGGAGGGCAAGGUGUCGGAACGAUCGUAGACGUGUGCGGCGUUUGUAAUGGAGAUGGUCAGAGCUGCCUUGAUGACUACGGACAAUGCACAGCGUCGGGAGAUCCCCACUACUCCACAUUUGAUGGAUAUGGACAUCACUUCCAAGGUCGCUGCGAGUACGUAUUCGCCGAAGACUGCGUCGGAGGUGACUUCUCAAUUCACGUUGUCAACGAAAAUCGUCAUGGCAACAGUCGCGUGUCGUACACAAAAUCGGUUGCGAUCAAGGCAAGAGUGGUGGGAGUAAUCAAAUUGCUUAAAAAUGGUGUCGAGGUUAACGGACAGAACGUUGACAUCUUUCCUCAUCGAGUGGGAUCGGACGGCACUACUAUUGAAAAGAGGUUUGUUGAAGUGUCCGUGACGCUCGGAUUGUCAGGUGUCGUGGUGAAAUGGAUCGGUGUGAGCAGUUAUGUUAGGGUUUUGGUUCCGCCGAAUUACAAAGAGCGUACGUGUGGAUUGUGCGGAACGUUUGACGGUAACCGUACCAACGAUCUCCGCCUACGAGAUGGUUCCGAAGUGGCGGCGAGUAACCCGAGCUAUUCAUCAUCACAAAAAUCGAGAAACGCUUAUCACUCGUUUGGCACUGAUUGGACUGUUGCUGUUGCCAGCCGUCUGUUGCUACGUACUGCCGAAUCUUGUAGCGAUGAUAGCACGGCUCCGGAUGAUCCAUGUAAUGUAGUGAACGCUAGCUUGCCUGCUCCAGCAGAGCGACGGAGACAAGCCGAUAUCAUAUGUCAGGAUAUCGUGGAUACGAAUGGUCCUUAUGCUGGUUGUCAUGCAGUAGUCGACACUAAGCUGUAUCAUGAAUCGUGUCUCUAUGAUGUGUGCGCGUGUGGCUUAAAUGCAGAUUGCGCUUGCGCUUCUGUCGUUGCCUACGAGAAGGAAUGCCGCAACCGCGGAGUGACGAACAUUAAGUCUGUUGUUGAUAAUUGCGGUGUUUGUCAUGGCGACGGCACUUCGUGUCGAAAGGAUUAUGCUACGUGCAACGUGUACAGUGAUCCUCACGCUGCGGCUACGGGACAAAAGCAAAGAUUUUUUACGUUCGAUAAUCUUGUUCAUUUUUUUCAAGGUAAAUGCGAGUACGUUUUGGCUCGGGACUGCACUGGAAAUCUCUUUGAUAUUCACAUUAAAAACGACCAUCCAUCAUCUGAUGUCAUUCACACAUCGUGGACGACUGGUCUUUCUGUGCGUGUAGCUGGCCUUGGUGUGAUCAAAGUGGUUCAUAGUGCGACGGAUACGAAAGUGUACUUGAAUGGAGUCCUACUUACUCGACCUUCUCAGAACAACGGAAUCGAUGGUUCUCAGGUUAUUGUUUCUAGUUUCCUAGAAGAUCAAGUGGACAUUUAUUUGGCAAGUUCUGAUGUUAAAAUCACUUUCUAUGGUAACUAUGAGAUCAUAGUGUCAAUUCCGCCGUCGUUGAAAUCCCGCAUGUGCGGCCUGUGUGGAAACUACAACGGCAUUACGAGCGACGAUUUGAUGCUACCGACUGGUAUAUCCCUCAACACCAGCAAUAUAAACGGUUCUGCUUCUUCACAGUCGGUUAAUAAUUAUCACAGGUUUGGAUUGAGUUGGUCUGUGGAAGGCGAUGAUAGACUAAUUCUUGCCCCCAGUUACCAAUGCCCAGACGAGUUUCCUCCACCUUUGUGCGAGAGAAAGCCACAGUUUAAGAAGGAUGUUGAACUAUUCUGUAACGUUGUUAAAGAUUCCACUGGUCCGUUUGCAAGAUGUCACUCUUCGAUCUCUCCCAAUUCAUUGAACCAGCAGUGUAUACUCGAUUCUUGCUCCCAGAACGGCAGUCUACUAUUCGGUUGUUCUGCAAUCAGAUCAUAUCAGAGUCAGUGUGAACGGCGCUUGCGCACGUCGCUUGGUCCUACGGUAUUGAAUUGUUCAACAGAUGCUUGUGCAGAGUUUAAUCCGUGUUUCCAAGGAGUGACUUGUACAAACGAUUUGAGUCUUCUACCGCCGUAUACGUGUGGUAGAUGCCCAUCCGGAUAUUUAGGAGACGGGCAAACGUGUGUGGAUAUCGAUGAAUGUGGAGAUGCCACGCCAUGUUCCAGUGUUGUCACGUGUCAAAACUCACCGGGAAGAUUUAGUUGUGCCGCUUGUCCGUCGGGUUACGCCGGCGGCGCAAAAACGGGUAGUGGUCUGCAGGACGCACGUACAAACAUUCAGGUUUGUGUCGAUGUCGAUGAAUGCCUAACUAAUAACGGUGGAUGUGACUUAAAAACCAAUUGUACAAACAAAAUUGGUUCGUUCGAAUGCGGGCCUUGUCCAAAUGGAUACACGGGAACUAGUCUGACAGGUUGCGUGCUUGGUGACUUUUGUCUUUUGGGUCUUGAUGAUUGUCAUGACCAGUUCGGGACUUGUACGUCUACUGGUCCCGGUCUGUACAAGUGCGAGUGCAAACCUGGAUAUGCUGGUACUGGAAAACUGUGCGCCACAGAUACGGAUCAGGAUGGCGCUCCCGACAGUGCGAUACCUGGAUGUACCGACUCCAGAUGCCAAGCGGACAACUGUCCUUCAAAACCGAAUAGUGGACAAGAAGACGCAGAUGGAGAUGGAACAGGUGACGCGUGCGACAAUGACAGCGACAACGAUGGCAGAGCAGAUACAAGCGACAAUUGUCCUUUUGUGUCGAAUGCUAACCAGGCGGAUGGAGACGGUGACGGCGUGGGUGAUGUGUGUGACAACUGUCCUUCGGACAGUAACGCUGAUCAAGCUGAUGCUAACAACGACGGUAAAGGCAACGCUUGCUCGUCCGACAGCGACGGCGACGGAGUCGACAAUGCGAAUGACAACUGUGUGGACGUUCCGAAUCCAAAGCAAAACGAUACCGACAAUGAUGGUCUGGGCGACAAGUGCGACAACUGUCCAAAUAAAUCUAAUGCUAAUCAACUCGAUGAUGACGGAGAUUUGGUGGGAAACGAAUGUGAUACCGAUCUAGACAAAGACGGAGAUGGAUAUCAAGAUACCAUCGACAACUGUGCUGACGUGCCUAAUAGUCAACAAACGGACUCGGAUAGUGAUGGCGUCGGCGAUGCGUGCGACGAUGAUAAAGACAAUGAUGGCGUCACAGAUAACAGCGAUAAUUGUCCUCUGGUUGCAAAUGCUAACCAGACCGACAGCAAUAGUGACGGGGUCGGAGAUGCUUGUCAGAACGACGAAGAUGGCGAUGGAGUGAUCGAUUCUUCUGAUGCCUGUCCUAAGAAUAGUGGAGUUACAGCUACUGAUUUUAGUCAAUUCCAGUUGAUAUAUCUUAUCGGAACUGUUACCGGCAUCGAGUGGGUUAUAUUGAAUCAGGGCAAGGAGAUCAAACAGCUACUUAAUAGUAAUCCUGGAGCUGCUAUAGGAUACGAUAGUUUUGGAGCCGUAGACUACGAAGGGACUUUCUUCGUCGACACGACAAAUGAUGACGACUUUAUGGGGUUCGUCUUUGGGUACCAGAGCAGCAGCCGGUUUUACCUUGUCGAUUGGAAGCAAGGAAUCCAAACAGGCUUUGGCGGAGUAGGACUUGCUGGAGUAACCAUUAAGAGAGUUCAAAGCAGUACAGGACCCAGCAACGAUCUUAAUAAUGCACUAUGGAAAACUGAAACAACUUCUAAUCAGGUUUACAAACUUUGGCAUGAUCCCAAUAAUUUGGGCUGGCAAGACCGCACAUCAUAUCAGUGGAAGCUAAAGCACAGGCCAGCAACGGGUUUGAUUAGAGUGCAGAUAUUUCAAGGAACAAGCAAAGUCGUAGACAGCGGUGAUGUGUACGACAAAACAUACGCUGGAGGUCGCUUGGGUGUAUAUUGUUAUUCGCAAGAACAAAUCAUUUGGUCACAAUUGUCAUAUUCAUGUGUCGAUAGGUUGGAUUACGCCCUUCGUUUCGAUGGAGCAAAUGAUUUUGUCGAUGUUGGUUUGGCUGCUACAUUGCAUUUGACCAGCAGCUUUACCAUCAGCGUCUGGGUGAACCUCCCUGAUGCGAGUACAUCUACGUUGCCUGUUGUUUGCAGUGAGGACACGAUGCUCUGUCUCUACAUUGAUCAAGGUCAAUUGAAAGGAAAGAUAGAAUCUACAACUAUUGUCGGAGCAACAGCUAUAAAGACUAAAGAAUGGGAACACAUUGCUCUUGUUUACGACAUGACAAAGUUGGAGCUGAGCGUCUAUCUAAAUGGUGUACGUGGCAACACCGCCAGCAACGUGCAGGCAUAUACAGGAGUAUCCAAAAAAAUCAACAUCGGUAAAGACGGAGCUGGUAACUUUUUCAAGGGACAAGUCGAUCAGUUGCGUGUAUGGUCAAAGGCUUUAACAGCAACAGAGCUGCGUACGCGGGCGUUGCUUACAGAUCUUAGUGACGCAACAAUAUCUGCCGACCUACAAGCACACUAUCCGAUGGACACUGGCUCCGGAGACAAGUUGUAUGACCAAACAAUGAAUGAUAUUCACGGCACCUUGGACGGUCCAAUGUGGACAGCGAGUACUCUGGUACUGUCUCGAGAAACAUUUUGAGAAACUUGUGUGACACUCAGUGACCACUGUUUCGUCUUGCCUGUUGGUGUGUUGGUUUGCAUUAGCGGUAUAGCGUGCAUAAAUGUUUUGUCUUGUUGCUAUAGUUGUUAGCGCCUGCAUUGUAGCACUACGUUUGAUCAACGCAACAUUUGUUUUCAGAAACUA